UUACUACAAUUAAAAAUUUACCGUUUUUAAUAAAUGAGUAAAAAUCAAAUUAAAUCUAGGUGAAAAUAUAUAUGCUACUUUUAUAAGAACCUAACUUAGUGUCUAUUAUCAUACACACUGGAUACACUUGAUACACUUAAAAACUAUUUGGUGUAUACUUAGUUACUUACUAAGAGCAAGAUUAACCCUAGCUAGGUCUUAAGAUUUUAAAUAACAUCAUCAAUUUCUAAUUUUGCGGUAUUAAGACAAGACAUAAUUAUUUUUAAGCAUUUAUUAAGUUUGGUCUUAAUAAAAUAUGAAAUUCAAGACUCUACUUCAGACUUAAUUUAACAUUCGAUUAAUUUUUUAUUUAAUUUUUAUAAAACUUAAAUAAUUUAAUUUAUAUGUUAAAAAAUGAGUCUAAGCAAUUGAAGAGAUAAGUUUAAUAGAGUCUUAAGGAGCCUUAACAUAAUUAUAAAUUAGAAAAAUAAUUAAAUUUAAUCUAAAGAGCUAAUGUGGCAAUACAUUAAAGUCUUAAGAUGAGACUGCGCUAAUCUUGCAUACACAUUUGAUACAUUGGAAAUAAUACUACCUCCGUUACAAGUUAUGUGCAACAAUUUGACAUAUAGUAGAGAGGGAAAAUGUCUAAUUGUUGUACAUAAUCUGUAACGGAGGUAGUAUCUUAUUUUAGUUCAUAUACCACAGAGUUAGUUCUCCAUUUUGAAUCGAGGUGGACUCGGACAAUCAGCCUGAUUGACGAAAUUUUGUCAAUCAGCCGCUGAUGUGGGGCCCUACACCAUCCUUUUUAGUAGUAUUAUAUUCACUCGUACGGAUUAUGGAAACCGUUGAAAAUUGCCCGUUAGUAACAUUAAUAUUAAUGUCGUUAUGAUAAAUUUCUUAAAACAAAAGCCUUUCUCCUGGAUCGCCAAUAUCUCCUCGAUUGCCAGUUUCAUCUCGGUAGCCAUCUUCACGGAAAUCACCUGGUCGAUCCACUGAGUUCGCAAGAGGAAAAUCAACGUUAUAGAGGCAAAAUUUAACUUGUACCAGAUAUGGGAAACAAGUUUCAACAAUUAUAACCACAAUCAACUUUUUAAUCCACUAUACUCAAUCAAUGUAAAGCAGUAAAAGCCACAUUCAUCAAAAAAAUUCAAGUUAAUUAACCAAUUCGAAAGCAUAAAAAAUACAUGAACUAGCUUACAGUGAUUCGACUACGCGGAAUUAGUAAUUAGUUUGUAGAAAGCUGGAAAUUUCCCGAACUAGGUUACGGGAAUCGGUAUCACAAUCUUCUCAAUUGAUUUGACAGAGGAGGGCUAGUUUACGGGAAUUGGUAUCACAAUCUUACCAAUUGAUUUGAAAGAGGAAGGCGACUUAUGGUUUUCAAUAUGUCAAAUUACAACACACAUCACAAUUGGCCUUACAAUAACCGGAAUUGAUCUUCAAUUGGUUGAAGAAGAUGAUUUCGCUCUGAAACUUAUUAGACUCAUUGGGUUUACAAUUUGAGAAGGUAAAGUAAACUCACGGAAGACGUCUUUGACUUACGAAGUCGUUAGUCAACAAAAAACCAUUGAAGUUACCGUUAUACAACAUCAUCAGGAAUGUACUCAUUUACCCUUAACAUAAAUGAGUAAAAGACGAAAAUACCCCUGAUUUGAACUUAGAUUUCCCCAUUUUGAAUCAACCAUAUGAUCAGAAUUUCACAGUAGUGGUGAAGUACGUAAUCCUACAGUAGAGGAGGAUUACUCCCCUCAUUCCCAAUUACAUAUACUUGAGGUCUUUUUUGUAAAGGAUUUGAUCAAAUCAUAUUUAUUGAUAUUGUUUAUAGUUAGCAAUCUCUUGAUUUACUCUUUAGAUUGAUAGUCAAAGAUAUCUCUUAUUCUUAGCUAAUGUACCUAGACAAGUAUUCUAAUGUAUCUAGUCGUAUUAUAUUGCUUACUCAUGUACUAUAUAUACUCAUGGAAUUACAUCAAUAUCCAAGCUUUCUAACAUUCUUUUUCUCAAAACUAGACAUGUUCAAUGGGUUAGGGGCCCAUUUAAAGCCCUAGUCCAGCCCUUUUAUAAAAGGGUUUUACCCAUCCAAUAUUUAAAUGGGGUGGGCUUUUAAAGAGCUAUUAAAUAAUGGGUUUUUAAAGGUUCGGGUCUAAGUUAAAAAGGGUUGAAAUUGGAUAACACUUAAGAGGCUUUUUGUAUCCUAAUUUUUCUGUUUGUUUCUAAAACUUCCUAACGUCAAUUUUAAAAUUCCCUAUUUCCCCCAAAUUAUGAACCCUAAAAAAAUUCCCAGAUUAUAAUCUUCAAAAAUUCCCAGAUUAUAGCUAAUAAAUUCCUUCUUCUUGCUCGCCGCUCUUAAUCUUCAACUACCAAGUUUGUGCAGGAAAUUUAAGAUAUGGAAUUUGAUCUCAAGAAGCAGGCUAAGGAGGAGUUUGAUAUCAAGAAGCAGGUGAAGAAUAAAGGGUUGUUGCAGAGUGAGGAAUUGCACAAUUAUAUUCUGGAAACUAGUGUUUAUCCACGAGAAGCAGAACCUCUCAAGGAGCUCAGGGAAGCAACUGAAAAUCACCCUAAGUCCUUUAUGGCUGCCGCACCAAUUGCAGGACAAAUGAUUUCAUUCCUUUUGAAGAAGGAGAAUGCUAAAAAGACUAUUGAAGUUGGAGUUUUUACAGGAUAUUCCCUUUUGCUAACUGCUCUUUCAAUUCCGGGUGAUGGAAAGAUUACUGCAAUUGAUUGCAACAGAGAAGCAUAUGAGAUUGGCUUGCCAUUCAUCAAAAAAGCUGGCGUUGAAGCAAAAAUUGAUUUUGUUGAAUCAGAUGCUCACCUAGCUCUUGAUAAUCUUCUGUUGAAUCCUAAGAAUGAGGGAAGUUUCGACUUUGCCUUUGUGGACGCGGACAAGCCUAGCUACCAACACUACCAUGAGCGGUUGAUGAAGCUCGUCAAGGUUGGAGGCGUGAUUGCUUACGACAACACGCUUUGGGGGGGGGGGGGGGGGGGAACGGUAGCCAUGGCUGAAUCACAAGUACCGGACUUCAUGAAGGUGAAUCGAGAGGCCAUGAUCAAGUUAAACAAGUCUCUUGCUGCUGAUCCUCGCAUUGAUAUUGCUCAACUUCCUCUAGGUGAUGGUAUUACAUUUUGUAGGCGUCUUUAUUGAUCAAAUCUCUUAAUGCUUCUAAUAAUGUUGCAGUUAUUGAACAAUUAAAACUUUGUAAAACAAUUUGUUGGACAGGUUAAUAUUGUGUUUAAUG